AUGUUAUAUAGAUAUCCCAGUAAAACUAGUCCUACCAAGCUAGAAGUGUUUAAUCUUAUUAAUGAAUCAUUAGAAUUACAUGAAGUUACAAUGGAUGAUAUAAUAGCGAUUAUUCCAAUAACUAAAUCACAGUAUCCAACAAUUAAAUUAAUUAUUAAAAAUACUCAAAUAAGAGAUUACAUAUAUUCGAGUUUUAUAAAAAUGAAACAGCAAAACCUGUCGAAUGUAUGGAAAGAAACUCAAAUCUCACAGGACCUUAUUAAAAGAUCUAGAUUAAGACGUAAACAAUUAAUUCCUUUUUUAAGCGAGUUAAGGAAAGCAGUGGAUUAUGCCGAUAGAGCGCUAACAAAUGAAAAUUUAAUAGAGUUAGAAGCGAUGCAGUAUUUGGAAGAGGAAGAAGACGAAAGAACUAAAGAAGUAAAAAAGAAAUUCACGGUAAAUGGAAAAAUAACCUUAUUUUAUCUUUCAGAAGAAAUAUUAGACAUUAUUUCACUUCAUCAUAAUUAUUUCGUGGAAAAUGGUGGCACACAUACAUUGGAAUGUCGAAUAUCUUCAAACGCAAUUGGAAGAAAAAUAUAUUUCGGUAAAUUUAAGGAUAUCAAAGGAUAUGAAGGAUAUCAAAUCCGCAGAGGUUCGCAUAUUUAUUAUCAUUAUUCCUGGAAUGAGUUAGGGGGUUUUUGGUGUAAACCCGAACGAAGCAUGCUCUCCGGUGUCCUUUCACAUUCAAUGUGGAAAUAUACUGUACUUUUUCCGACUUCCUUUACGAUAACUAAGAAUAUCGGCGACCAGGCAAAAAUAAAAAUGAAUACGGUCUCAAACUUUCGGUAUGUGAAUUGGAAGAAGAACGAAGUGACGUAUAAUUCCUUUCGUGGUGAAAAGAACAAUUCAUAUAUAAACUUUCCUUCCUUGGAAAUUGGUGAUGCAGGAUUUUACAGUUUGAAUAAAGAUUAUCAUUAUUAUAGUCGUGGAAUUACCAGACUAAUAGUUCGUGUUUGUAAAGAUGGAAUUUAUGGUCCUCUUUGUGAACAUCAAUGCCCAAAUUGUUUAAAUGGAGGAGUAUGUCAUGAUUUAACUGGCGACUGCAUCUGUCCACCAGGAUUCAAUGGAACUCUCUGUGAGAAUGCCUGCAAACCUGGAUUUUUCGGAAGAGAUUGUGGCCAACGGUGCUUCAAUCAGAGAGACCAAACGACUAACUGUGCAGAAAUCCUCUUCUGCUUACCAGAUCCAUAUGGUUGUUCUUGUAUCAGCGGUUUCACGUCUGUCUUUUGCAAUGAAUCGUGUGCUUCGGGAUUCUAUGGUGCAGGAUGUACUCAGAAAUGUUCUAAUUGCAAAAAUUCAAACGAAUGCGAAGCGAAAACCGGCAAGUGUGCAGACGGGUGUGAAGAAGGAUGGCAUGGAACUCCUUGUGUGUUAAGUGAGUAAGACGUAUUGAAUAUAGGUAUAU